CCCGGCUGCUGCGGACCGUGAGCGGACGGAGGCAGCCGGCCGCGGCAGCUGAGGCACCGCGACGCGGACCAGGUGGAGGGAGGGGCCGCCGGUGCACACCCGCCCGCCAUGAAGCCCCCCGCAGCCUGUGCAGGAGAUGCCCUGGACACAGCGGCCCCGUGCUCCGUGGUGAACUACCUAAGAUGGGACCUGAGCGCCCAGCAAAUAGGGGAGCUCACUGUGGAGCUCAUUGAGCAAACUAAGCGUGUAUAUGACCAGGUGGGCUCCCAGAAGUUUGAAGACGUGUCCUAUGAGAGUACCCUCAAGGCGCUGGCUGAUGUGGAGGUGUCCUACACAGUUCAGAGGAAUAUCCUUGACUUCCCGCAGCACGUUUCUCCAUCUAAGGACAUUCGGAUGGCCAGCACAGAGGCGGACAAAAAGCUGUCUGAGUUUGAUGUGGAGAUGAGCAUGAGGCAGGAUGUGUACCAGAGGAUUGUCUGGCUGCAGGAGAAAGUUCAGAAGGACUCACUGAGGCCAGAGGCCCUGCGGUACCUGGAGCGACUGAUCAAGCUGGGCAGGAGGAAUGGGCUGCACCUGCCCGAGGACACUCAGCAAAAAAUCAAGAGCAUUAAGAAGAAGCUGAGUCUUCUGUGCAUCGACUUCAACAAGAACCUGAACGAGGACACGACCUUCCUGCCACUCACGCGAGAGGAGCUGGGAGGCCUCCCGGAGGACUUUUUGAGCUCGCUGGAGAAGGCUGGGGAUGACAAGUUGAAAGUCACCCUCAAGUACCCACAUUAUUUUCCCCUCCUGAAGAAAUGCCACGUGCCUGAGACCAGGAGGAAGGUGGAGGAGGCCUUUAACUGUCGCUGCAAGCAGGAGAAUUGUGCGAUCCUCAGAGAGCUGGUGACCCUCCGGGCCCAGAAGUCCAGACUGCUGGGAUUCAGCACGCAUGCCGACUACGUCCUGGAGAUGAACAUGGCUAAGAGCAGCCAGGUGGUGGCCACUUUCCUAGAUGAGCUGGCCCAGAAGCUGAAGCCCCUGGGGGAGCAGGAGCGGGCCGUGAUCCUGGAGCUGAAGAAGGCCGAGUGCGAGAAGCGGAGCCUGGACUUUGACGGGCGCAUCAACGCCUGGGACAUGCGCUACUACAUGAACCAGGUGGAGGAGACCCGCUACAGCGUGGACCAGAACCUGCUCAAGGAGUACUUCCCCAUGCAGGUGGUCACCAGGGGCUUGCUCAGCAUCUACCAGGAGCUGCUGGGGCUGACCUUCGACCUGGAGGAGAGCGCCACCGUGUGGCAUGAGGACGUGAAGCUGUACUCCGUGAGGGACUCGGCCUCAGGGAAGGUCAUUGGCAAGUUCUACCUGGACCUCUACCCAAGGGAAGGGAAGUACGGGCACGCGGCCUGCUUCGGCUUGCAGCCAGGCUGCCUGCGGCACGACGGGACCCGCCAGAUCGCCAUCGCGGCCAUGGUGGCCAACUUCACCAAGCCUACCCCAGACGCCCCGUCCCUGCUGCAGCAUGACGAGGUGGAGACCUACUUCCACGAGUUCGGGCACGUGAUGCAUCAGCUCUGCUCUCAGGCGGAGUUUGCCAUGUUUAGCGGGACGCACGUGGAGCGGGACUUCGUGGAGGCACCUUCUCAGAUGCUGGAGAACUGGGUGUGGGAGAAGGAGCCGCUGCUCAGGAUGUCCCAGCACUACAAGACGGGCAGCGCCAUCCCCCAGGAGCUGCUUGAGAAGCUCAUCAAGUCUCGGCAGGCCAACACAGGUCUCUUCAACCUGCGCCAGAUCGUACUGGCCAAGGUGGAUCAGGCCCUGCACACCCAGACGGCUGCAGACCCAGCGGAGGAGUACGCCCGCCUCUGCCAGGAGAUCCUUGGGGUCCCAGCCACGCCAGGGACCAACAUGCCUGCGACCUUCGGCCACCUGGCAGGUGGCUAUGAUGCCCAGUACUACGGCUACCUGUGGAGCGAGGUGUACUCCAUGGACAUGUUCCACACACGCUUCAAGCAGGAGGGCAUCCUCAACGGCAAGGUUGGCAUGGACUACAGAAGCUGCAUCCUGAGGCCCGGGGGUUCCCAGGACGCCAGCGUCAUGCUGAAGCUCUUCCUGGGCCGAGACCCCAAGCAGGACGCCUUCCUCCUGAGCAAAGGGCUGCAGGUGGACCGCAGCGAGCCAGCAGCCUGCUGACGCACCAGAGCCCUGCCGGCCCCGGGCCAGCCCACCCCAGCCCCACCCUAGCUCCUGCCGCCCUGUUGCCUUAGCCCCCAGUCGGGAAACGGGGUGGCCUGCAGCUCAGGGUGGGGGGUGGGGGCAGGGUGAGGAGAGGGGGUGUUCGUCCUCCCCAUUCAUUCCUCCUGUCCAGUCUCCUCGGUGGUCGGCCUGGGCUGGUGGGGUCUUAUCCUCGAGAUGCCUGGGAAACUGUCCCGUCAGGCCCGCCGAUUUGUUGCACUAAUCCAUCCCCUUCUUGGGAAGUUUUCUGAGUGAAAAGAUGGUGGUUCUUUGAAAUGCAGCCA